AUGAUAUUUGUGCUCGCGCUAAAUAAGAAUUUGUUUGAAUAUCGACGCGUAGAAACCAAACCCCAAUACGUCAUCUCUGUCUUCUCAAAACGACAGCUACAACCACCAUGUCCAUAGCCACACCCCAACUCUCCUCCCUCUUCAAACCCCCUUUCUCCAUCCCCAAACUCAAACCCUUGAAUCCCCCCCUCAAAUUCCCCGCUCUCAAACCCUCUCCCCUCACUAUGAGCUGGCUCAACAAGCUAGGCUUCGGCGUCCGCUCCGCCGCCGACUCCCCCCUCGACUCCUCCUCCGCCGCCAUAGCUCAGGGCCCCGACGACAACAUACCCGCUCCCGGCCACCAGUUCGCCCAAUUCGGAUUGGGCUGCUUCUGGGGCCCCGAGCUGGCCUAUCAGAGGGUGCCAGGUGUCACCAAGACCGAGGUCGGUUACUCGCAGGGCUAUUUGCAUAAUCCCACGUACGAGGAUAUAUGUUCGGGCAAGACCAAUCAUUCCGAGGUUGUCCGGGUUCAGUACGACCCCAAAGAGUGCACCUACGACGCGCUGCUUGAUGUUUUCUGGGCCAGGCAUGAUCCUACCACUCCCAAUCGCCAGGGGAACGACGUAGGAACUCAAUACAGAUCUGGGAUAUACUUCUACACACCCGAACAAGAGAAAGCCGCGUUGGAAUCGAGGGACAGGCAGCAAAAGCUUCUGAACAGGACAAUUGUUACUGAGAUAUUGCCUGCCAAGAAGUUUUACAGAGCUGAAGAGUAUCACCAGCAGUACCUUGCAAAGGGCGGCCGAUUUGGUUUCAGGCAGUCAUCCGAGAAAGGCUGCAAUGAUCCAAUUCGUUGCUACGGCUGAGGUUCGUAGAAUGUGAGUUGCUACUAUUCAAGAUCCUACUUGUUAAUAAUGUCUGCUAUAUAUUUUUACUUAAAAAGAAAUUGAACGCUCAUUAACUGGUGCAUGUAUUGUAAAUGUCUGGUGAAUUGAUCAAGCUGUGACAUUUUGAAAGCAAUUCCCCCCCCCCCCCCCCCCCCCCUUUCUAUUUAGUAGGUAUCCGAUCUAGAUAUAUUGUGUGGUGACGAAUGUAUAAUUUGAGGCUUUGCGUUGCGAAUGCUUAUGUGAUGAAAGACGCAAUUAUGAGGGUUUGUAAUGUAUGCUUGUCGAGUUAUGUUCAUGUCAUUGUAACAGCUUUUUGGUGUUAUCCAUUUUCUGUCAUCAUAAACAAUAGAACAUUUUAACAAAAAUAGUUCAAUGUAAGUUUGAAAUUUUGUUA